AAGAAGAAAAAGAAGAAGUAUAACGAUACUGCUUUUUGGUAGCUCAACACAAAUGUGCCCCCAAAUAUGUGACAAAUGUGAGGUUAACCAAAUAGCGGACACACUCUCUGCUUUGACUGCCAUGACCUGCAAACCAUGGCGGAAUAUUAUCUUCGGUUGAACAUGGGCAUCUCGGCCCAAAAGGACUAUUGCUGUUUCGGCUGCUCUUGUUGUUAUUGUAGCUAGCGCUAGAGUUAGCUAACACGGCUGUCUUCGCUCUCAGCAUAACCGAUGUUGAUUCAUUGCUGCGGGGCAGAAAACUGCGAAAACAAGGUAACUCUUGAGCAUAAACAACUGACUUUAGUAAUUUGUAUGUUACGCUUCAGAAAUUAUGAGGUAAUUGGCCUUGGUCAAUAUUUUAGGCCGGGUUGUAUUGCACAAUACGAAAGCGUUAUUUGAAGUGAAAUGAGCUAAACACCGAAGUUACAGCUGCAUGCUUUAGAAGAACAGCUAAUUUAAAAUGACAUUACUAGCUAAGGUCAGCUAACACCAACCUAACGCUGCCAGCAGUAAUUGCUGUCUGCAAGUUUUAAGAUGGAGCAGAAGAUAGCAGCAAGUGAGAUGGCUCUCGUUCUUCCCAGCACAUCUGUCUGAGUUGUAACUCCCGUCAGAGAGAAAUCAUGUCUUGCAAAGCCGCAACCAAGGACAAGAAGUCGAGCUUCAGCAAGAAGCUGUUCAGGCGAGGCUCCGUGCGCUCUGCCGGCAGCUUUAUGAGCAGAGUCCUGAGGACACUGACCGCGUUAUCACACUUUGGAUCUGAAGUGCAAACAGAAGAUGACAAAGAUGAUGGGGGAUUUUCCACUUUUAAAUCUGGUUGUAAAGAUGUGCCCAUGGAUGAUGGGGACCUCGCCGGUCUUCUGUCCGGAGAGAGAGUCCCUGGAGUGUCAGGUCUAAAAAACCACGGGAAUACCUGCUUCAUGAAUGCAAUCCUGCAGUGUCUCAGUAACACUGAACUCUUUGCUGAGUACCUCGUUUUGGAGCACUACAAAGGCGAGGAGCUGGAUGAGGACAGACCAAAGACCAAUGGUGUCCUUCUGCAGAAGAAGGGUCCUUUGGCCAAAGGAGAAGUCACAGAGCAGCUGUCAGGACUUGUGCGGGCUUUAUGGACGUUUGAGUAUACCCCGCAGCAUAGCAGGGAUUUUAAGAAUGCUGUGUCGAAAAAUGCCACCCAGUUCAAAGGGAACGCUCAGCAUGAUGCUCAGGAGUUUCUGCUGUGGCUGCUGGACAGAGUACAUGAGGACCUUAACACAGUCAACCCCAACAUCCGGCCUGCUAUAAAGCCACCUAUUGAAGAAGACGAUCAAAGAAUAGAGGGUCCAUCUCCUCCCCUUUCCGCUGGCUCGUUUGUACAAGAACUGUUUCAGGCUCAGUACAGGUCUUCUCUUACGUGCCCACAUUGCCAGAAGCAGAGCAAUACUUUUGAUCCCUUCCUGUGCAUCUCCUUACCAAUCCCACUGCCACACACACGGCCCCUGUAUGUGACAGUGGUUUAUCAGGGGAAGUACUCUCACUGCAUGAGGAUUGGAGUUGCUGUUCCCCUCAACAGCACCGUCUAUCGCCUCAGAGAUGCCGUGGCACGUGAGACCAAGAUCCCAAUGGACCAGUUUAUUUUGACUGAAAUGUACUAUGAUGGAUUUCAUCGUUCAUUUUGUGAUGAUGACGAUGAUCUUGACAUCAUUCAAGAGAGUGAUUCCAUAUUUGCCUUUGAGACACCAGAGACCUUCAAACUGGAAAACAUACGCACAAAAAGAGGAAGUCUUCUGGCAAACCUGAAUCAUAACAACUUGAAGUAUGCAACAGAAAUCAGCAGGACUCCAUCUUUCAUGCAAGGGGCCAUGACUCCUUUAACUGCAUCACCUAAUAAAAUCCAGGGACCAGAAAAGAUUAUCCUUCUGGUGUGUAACAGGGCUUGUACCGGCCACCAAGGAAAGAGGUUCGGACUGCCUUUUGUACUCUACAUGGAGUGCACUGUGACCUGGGAUGCUCUACAGAAAGAGAUCGUGGAGAAAAUGCGUCAUCUUUUGAGGCCAGGGGUAUACAUUCAGGUUGGACCUUUCAGUCUUCGGGUGGUUGGCGUCGUUGGUAUCACCUACCUUCUUCCUCAAGAUGAGCGACCACUGUGUCACCCCACUGUGGAAAGAGCAUACAAGUCCUGUGGACAAGGGGGGCCACCACAUGUGAAGAUUGUGGUAGAAUGGGACAAAGAGACCAAGGACUAUCUGUUUGGAUACACUGAGGAGGAGUACAUUCCUGAUGCUGAGAGCGUGUAUCUGCACAGGGAGCAACAUCAUCAACCGCAGGCCUGCACUCUUGCUCAGUGCUUUCAGCUCUACACUAAGGAGGAGCAGCUGGCCCCAGAUGAUGCCUGGCGCUGUCCCCACUGCAAGCAGCUGCAGCAGGGCCGCAUUAAGCUCAGCCUGUGGACGCUGCCGGAUGUGCUCAUACUGCAUCUCAAGCGGUUCAGACAGGAGGGGGAUCGGAGGGUGAAGAUGCAAAACAUGGUGAGGUUCCCGCUGAUGGGCAUGGACAUGGCACCUCAUGUGGUUAAGAGAAGCCAGAGCAGCUGGAGUUUACCUUCUCAUUGGUCGCCAUGGAGACGUCCAUAUGGCCUGGGAAGGAACCCAGAUGACUACCUGUAUGACCUGUAUGCUGUGUGCAACCACCAUGGAAACAUGCAUGGAGGCCACUACACAGCUUACUGUAAGAACUCCAUCGAUGGUCAGUGGUACUGCUUUGACGACAGCGAGGUUUCACCAGUAGCUGACGAUGACGUGUCUCAGCAGUCGGCCUAUAUACUGUUCUACCAGCGGAGGACGGUUAUUCCCUCCUGGUCGGCCAACAGCUCUGUUGCUGGUUCCACUAGUUCAUCCCUCUGUGACCACUGGAUCAACAGGUUACCUGGCAGUAGGCCUGCUAGCUUGGCCUCUGGAGCUUCAUCCAGACGCACCUCUCUGGCAUCACUGGCUGAGUCAGUAGAGUUUCCAGUAGAACGUAAUGAAGAUGAUGGAGGAUUCUCAAUCCGCCCUUUUGUGAGGAGCAUUCAGCAUCAAAGCUUGUCCUCCAGGUCAUCCAUUGCUAGCCCUUUAGCCUUCAGCGACAGUGGGAUAAAGCCUUCUUGGUCUCUCUCUGCAAAGCUACACAUGAGAUCUAACUCGCCCUCACGUUUCUCCCUCGACUCUCGAUGUUCUCCUCCUUUAGAGAGGAUAGGCGAGGCUUGUGAUGACAAAGUUUCCACGUCCUGUUUUGGCAGCUACAGUAGACAUGAACGCUAUUUUGGCAGCAGGACUCCCCUGUCUAUGAUGGAGAGCAACUUCAGUGACCAGGACAACAAUAAAAGGUUCCUAGACAUGAUGUACUGCAAGGCUCCCACUCCAGUGGAAAAGAAGAGCACCAAAAAUGAGGCAACUGAAAACAACAACCAGAUUACAGCUAUAGACCAAAACAUUCUACCCUCCCAACCUACCCCCUCCAAAGAACAGAAAAGUAAGAGCAGCAUCGGAGGAUUUGCUUUAAAGGCAGAAAGCACAUCUUCCGUAAAGAGUUCCAGCAGAGUGGAGCAAGAGAAAACGUCCAAAAAACGUUUGUGCUCAACCCAUAAGACCUGCACUGCUGAGACUUCUUCCAGUACACCUGUAAAAGGCAAGAAGGCAUGCAGUACUAAAGAAAAGAGUGUAAAUGCCAAGAAAAGCACCUCAACACCCAGUGGUACUCCCUCCAAAACAAAGGAGGCAACUCAACCCCUAGAUGCGACGCGGCAACGGAAGCCACUUGUCCGCUCCACACCUCAGUCCUCAGCUUCUCCCUCGCCAACUGCAAAGAAGGUUUCCAGUGUCACUGAGAAAAGCACCACGAGUAGUCGGAAAAAGCUGGUGGAAAGGAGCUACAGCAGAGAUUCAAUGCACACCAGUCCCCUGGUGGAAAGUCUCCGCGGCAGCUUGGUAGCGCGCUCUUCGCUGUCUAAGAGUGGGGAAAACAACCGGCCUGAGAGGAGAUCUGUGCGGAGCUCCAGCAGCAGUUCUUCUGUCACCAGCCUGCGCUCACCCAGUGUAUCCUCCAGAGACCUGCAGCGCAGCAGCAAAUCUGAGGAAAAAGGGUUGUCUUUCUUCAAGAGUGCCCUCCGACAAAGGGAAAGCCGCCGGUCGGCUGAUUUAGGAAAAAGCACUCUGCUUGCCAAAAAGGCCUCAGAGAGGACAUGCAAGCAGAAUGGACAAGCCAAGGACAUCGGUGGGGAGACUGCAAAGACAGGAGAAGCUGUGUCUUCAAAGACAUCUAUAGAGACUCGUGGAGGAGAGACAAAGUCUGAGACAAAGGAGUCUUCCAAGCCCCCCAGCUCUCUCAGUCGCACUCUAUUAAACGUUGGCAAGUCCAAGUCUUCCACUUCUGAAGUAAGUCUCAAGUCUCCCUCUAACGGGAAGAAGCCUCUUGAAAGGAUGGCAUCUUCCCGAAAGCUCUCCUCUAGCAUGCAAUCACCUGCACGUACAACAAAGAGGCCUCAAUGAUAUAUUCAUUGUAGUAACAUUGAAUUUACAUAAUGCAGCUAUUUUCUUUGUGCCUAAGUUUCAGUGAGCAACAGACAUAUUUGCAAAGAGACACAUUUUUGAUGUUAUGGUUUUGCACAUUGGCAUCAGAUACCUACGCUGGCUUUGAGGUUUGAAUAUUGGCAGCCGGCCUUUAGCAUUUUUUGCUCUACUUGAUGAAAAGUAAAGUACUGUACAUCACCUGCAUAUUUGGGUGCCAAAUAGUUGCUUGCUACGCCGCCAGUUCUAGAUUUUAAAGCAGGGUUUAUUGUUAUCAGUUACACCUAUUGAGCAUUAAGUAUGGUUCUUGAUGUGCGUGAGACUAUCGCUUGACACAGAAGUUUUCUGGCAUGGAAGCUCCAUGAGCAGCAUGCCAUAUGUAUUCAGCUGUGCAGCACAACCUUUUUUUGGUGGAGUGUACUGAAGGCUUAUAUGACAGCUGACAGAAUUCCCUCUUGAAAUCUUGAAAUCCAAUUAACUCUCCUUCAGACAAGAAGCUUGUUAUAUCUUUGAAGCGCUGCAAACAUUACAUUUAGUUUGCUUGUGAAAUAUCCUGCUGAUGAAACUAUAUUUAAAAUGCAGCAGCUUGUGCAUUAAAGUAAUUACAUAUGAAGCAUUUUCCUUGUAUGCACCUAAAAUGCAUAAUUUGUCUUGUAGAAUAAUAUAACACAAGAUUAAGAAUAAUUAGAUGUCUUUUGAUACAUUAACCUCACUGCUGUUCUAUAAGCAUUUAAUCCUCAACAGUAGUGAGAACAGAACCGUAACAUCAAAAAAAGUCUCUAGACAAACACUGAAACUGAGUUGAUACUCACACCUAUACGCACACACACAUACAAAAGAGUUUCAUUCCGAAAUAGUAGUGGCUAAGCAUUCACAGUAGUUCUCAUUGAUAAUUUUAAGCAGAUCUAUCAGAUCAGAUGAUUUUAAACCCGCCGAUUAUGAACAUUCAAUUAAUAGACUUACUGAGGUGAUGGACCAAAACGGAAAAGGACUUGAGAUGAGAAGGAAUUUGAAUCGGUACACACAUUGAGACCAGUUGUCAAAUAUUUAAAAAGUUUAUUUUUGUUUUAAUACUAGUACUUUUUUGAUAGAAAUAUAUUUUAUCAAAUGCAUAUGGAAGUUGUGUUUUGGAAUGAAACCCUUUAAAUUGAAAGGAAAUAAAUCCACACAUUUAUGUGUCCCUACAGAUAUUGGAAAAAGUAUAUAGUAUAUUACCCUUUUUUCCUUUCCAUCAGCAACGUGAAAAUGAUCUAAAGCGCCUUUUAAUAGUGUAGUGUAGUGUAUGGAAACAAAUAAUUGCCUUUGGCAACAUAGUAGUCUACUACUGUAUGCGUCACUGAGUAGGAAUGUGGUAUAGUUUGCACUUUGUAUAGAUAAAGUAGUCUUUUACCCAGAGUAGUCAUAUACACACACACACACACACACUAACACACACACACACACACACACACGCACUGUAAUUAUCUCAUUCAUGUUCUCAUGAUUUUAAGACAUAUUGUGAAGUAGUGUCAACAGGCCUUAGAGUUGAAAUGGUAAAAGGGUACAUUCAUUUCAGUGUUUCAGGGGUCAUUUUAAUGAAAUCACCUCUUUACUACACCUGGUGCUGAAACAGACCGAUGGUCCUCUGACACUGAUAUUUCUUAAAUAAGCAUAUUUUCAAUUGCUGAUGUUCAGAACUGUGACCAUACACUUCAGUGAGCCAGAAACAAGUUUGCAGCAGUAAUCAUGACUGUGGUACCUCAUUGCAGAAGACAAUGUAAUUUUUGGGCUGAAACAGAAUAUUGAUAAUGAGCCAUUUAAUAAAUAGAACUCCAUUUAUACCAUCUCAGAGCAGUUGUUCAAAUAUGGAUGUGUAGGCCUUGUUUUGAACAAUCAGCAUAAUCAUUGAAUUACACCACAUGCUGUUGCAAUACUCAUACAUUAGAUACCAGAGUUAGAGUGGUUUUAAUGAUUGAAUGUGUUUAUGCCAUGAAACUCCAACCAUUAGUAAGUUUAUACUUUAAACAAAAUCGGACUUAUAGAUCUGUAGUAUUUCACUUAACAUGGUUAACACUCAUGGUUUGAUGAGAAAUACCACUCAAUUUAAAUGCAUGUAUGUUAUUUAAAAUCCCUGUGUAUGGUUUGAGCAAAUGAGCAGCCUUAAUGGGCCUGGCUUAGAAUUUGUGAAGUUGUGUUGGGUCAGAGAGGCUUUGUUUUUGGAGUAACCAGUCCAAACUCAUUUUUCACAACUCAUGAUGUAAAAAGUUGAAAAGCAAGUUGAACGCUAUAUAUUUUUUUUAACCAGACAUUAUUUGUAUCUUUCAAAACCACAACAAGCUGUUCACCAGGGCACUAUUUGCCGGUAAAAGUGCUAUUCACAGUUACACUAAUUCUACCCAGCAAUGUUUUAUUUUUAGCAAUGUUUAAUUUUUAAUUACCAGCGAUUUGUUGUGUAUAAUAAUCGGGCCACAGAAACUAACAAAACCCACGGCAUGGCUGAACAUAGAGUCAGAGCCCGUCUUUGGAGAGCCUGUUCACUCCCUAUUAAAGCGUAACUCUUGCCAAAAUGCAACCUAGGGUCUUUUUGUGAAUGUACCCAAGUCAAACUUUCAUUUAAAAACAUAAUUAGGACGGAAGCGCCACUUCACACAAGAUUUACUGUAUUCUUGUUUUUCGGACAAAUGGCCUUUUGAAUGAGAGAGCUAUGGGCACUUUUAUGCUUGCCUCAAAUAGCUAUUU